UUUCAUUGCGUCAGUUCCCAAAUGAUUCUAGUUUGUAUAAUUUAUUGCAAGUCACAUGUUUGAUUAAUGACAUAUCUUACCUACACGCAAUUUUUUCAACAAUCUGGCGGAUUUCGCAUCGCAAAAAAUCGUAAAAAAAUCCAUUUUCAAGUAGAAUUCUACUCAUGCAAGGUGUAACGUCGAAUAGUAUUGAAUAAUAUGAAGAAUUUUCGGAAAUUUGCUUCAUUUCCAAUCUUCUUUAUUGUUUUAAUUUCACUGACAAGGGUGACUCGAUCUUCAUUUAGUCAAGAUGAUAACGCCAAUAAAGAAAACAAACCACCACAAGAAGAAGGCACAUCAGACAAGCCAUUAGAAGCCGACGAAAGUUCCAAGAACAAUGCUGUUCCGUCUGGAAGCGCGUCCGUACAUGAAAUUCAGUCAGCUAUUGAUCCACCUCAAAAUACCAACCCUCAAGAAACAGAUACUCCGAACGAUAAAUCCAAAAAAAAUGAAACUGCAGACACUACACAACCAUCUAAUCCACAACUUACAAAAAGUCAAUCUGUGAAAAAAACGAAAAUUCCGCAAAAUGUUCUCGACUUUCUCAAUGAACCAAAGUUACCGGAGGAAGAUCGACUAGACACAGAUCUUCCUCAGAAGGGUCAAGGAAACAAUAAUGCUACGAAUAACAGCACAGAUGUUAAACCCGGAGUGCCCCAAGAUGAUCGAUUAAUCGAUGAACUUUCGCAAAAGGAUCUGGAAAAUCGAUCAGACAUCUCACAGAAGAAUCAACUUGAUAAGGAAGCUGCAAGUGAAAUCACACAAGAACAUGGAGAACGAGGGGUCUUGCAGGGCGAUCGAUUAGCCACUGAACUUCCACAGAAUGAUAAACAAAAUGAGGAAGCUGAGAAUAAAAGCAUAGUAGAAAAAGAUUUGACGUUUACGGAGGUAUUCGAAGAAUAUCACAGAUAUAUGCCCUACAUGGUCCAACGUGAAGAAACCAAGGAACAGGGUAUAUUAUUUUUCCCCGCAUAUGAACUAAAAAUUUAUCCUGUACGGUCCAAUCACUCUAAAUUCUACACGCGCUCUGCACAUCUGAAAGAUUUCAUACAUGAUUUCAACCGUCGUAAUUUUUACGAUUGGUCAUUCUCUGCACUGAGACAAGUAGACCGGCUAAUACCAGCUUGUCCUGAAAAAAAUGAAAGAACGAUUGAAUUUAGUUCCGGCGUUUCACCUCCUAAUACGGAACUAUUCGAAAAACCAUUAAAUGUAAUUGAAAAUGCAUUUUCUACCGAUGACAAAGAUAAAGUGCCUUCCUCGCCUCAGCGUUCGAAUUCAAAAAAAGGCGAACUUGCAAAUCAACUCUCAAGUGAUCAGUCACCAAAUCAAUCGGACACAGAAUCUCCACCUUCAUCACCUCAAACAACGCAGCCGUCUAAUCCAUUGAAUUUAGCAUCUGUAGAUUCAUCUACCGAUAUAGCAUCAUCAUCUAAUCCAUUUAAUUCUGCAUCUGCAGGUUUGUCAGCCACAAUGCAAUCGCCAGUUCGAUCCGAUUCCGCGUCUGCAAAUUCAAUCUCCGAUGUAGCAUUAUCACGUAACCCAUCAAAUUCUGCGUCUGCAGAUUUGCCCCUCACAGCACAAUCGCCUGCUCAAUCCAAUUCUCCAGCUGCUGAUUCACCCUCAAUAGAUGAAUCCUCUAAACUUACAAAAUCACCUUCACUGCCGAAUUCACCAAAAGGAAAAAAAUCAAAGAAAACCAUAUCUGAAAAUUUCAGUGCAGCAAGGAAAUACUUCUUAAGUACAUUUCGGCCAAGUAAGAAAAACGACUCCAAAGAUAAGAAAACUGAGGGGAAAAAACCACCAGGGAGACUGCGACCGCGACCGCAACCGCGACCACAACCACCACCACCAAUAAAAAAUAAAUUCAAGGGCAGGGUUUUAAAAGCUGAAAAAGCUACUAAGGAUGAAGAAUACGUGGCAUCACGAUACCCUUGUACUAUCCCACUAGAACCCAGUUUUGUCAAAGAAGAAAAGUUUACAUCUGUUGAUGUUUUUUUCGCUGGAUACAUGAUAGAUUUUCCGCAUGAGAAGAAAGUUACUCCAAUGAUAACUAAUCUUAUGCAAAUUUACGACGUUUCUAAAAAGAUGGUAUGGUUUCCCGUAGCACAUUUAAUGAGGCACAAAGACACAAAAGACACAUACGCUAUAUUCAAUCAUGCGCCUACUUACGAGUUCGGAGCUGAAAUGAAACACGUGCCAAUCUAUACGGAUUACACAGUUGAUGAAAAUGGCCAUGCAUACGGGAAGGCCGAAUACUACGAUCAGAUGUACAGUGAAGAAAAUCAAAAAAGUGUUUUCAAUGCCAUUCCAGAUGGUCCGAAGUAUUUUGAUCCUAAUAACUCGUUGAAAUUGGUACCGCAGGAGUUAAUGGACCAAAAAUCAGUCCUUCCAAUGACUUUCAAACGUGUGGCUUUGAAUUACAUGAAUAUCGCACCGAUGUUCGAAAAAAUACGGAAUACAACAUGGAGAAACUUAGAAAACGUUGUAUUAAAAUUACCUAUGGUGACAGGUUAUUCGACGGUCAUGUUCAUUACAGGCGUCUAUGGAGAAUUCAAAAUAAAUGAUGAACCCGUAUAUUUGGAUAAUGGUUCGAACGACGACGGAAUGAAACGAAUAAAAGUGCCGUAUGCGUUUUACAAAGUAGUAAACAUAGUAUACUCGUCGCCCAAAAUCAAUGCAUUUUUCCCCGAAUCUCUCAUGUUUUCAUUCAGCAUUAUUAUAUUCACUCAUAACAAUCCGUUUGAAAAAGAUCCGGAAAAAAUUUGCGAUGAACCUGUUGAUUGUAAAACAUUUGGUUGGACCAAAGUAGUACAAAAUGACCCAGCUUUCGGUUUUACAUAUUGUUGUAAGUUUACGAAAGAAUUGGCGACUAAAUUGGAAAUAGACUUUUUAUAUGGCAGUAUCAAACAUCAAUAUCUACUAGAUUUAAGAUUACUGUGGUACGUUGAGGAAAAUAGAUCAACUAAUUCUCUGGCAAUAGAUGAUAAGCCGCCGCUCUUAGUCAAAAGCGUUGAAUUAAAUGUUGAUUUGAGUAAAAUCCCAUCAACAAAUCCUCAUAUAUUAAAAGAAUCUGUUAAAAACUCAGAGAACCCUAAUUAAACUAUCAAUAUACACGUAUAAGUUUUCACGUAUUAAUAAUUGUCUAUUUAUUAAGUGUCAUAAUGCAAACAUACCUCUGAUAUGUGUUUCGGUUCAACUUCAAGUCCACGAGGAGUAAACUCUUCUAAAUAAAAUGAUGGCGAUGCUCCUCGAGAUGAUGCAGUUUCCGUACAUUCCGACGCCGUUACGAAAUCAUCGUCUGAUCUAUUACCUUCUGUGUUAUUUAAAUAAUUCAAAUCUGUCAAGUCAGACUACAAAAAUUGUACAUAAUUACUAAUUAGUUUUAAAUUACACAACUUUUAGCACUCGCUAUAA